AGCCGCAUCAAGGAGCUCAUGGACCGAGGCCUGGUGUCGCCCACGAACGCCGACGGCUUGGGCCCCGCCGCGACGCCCACCACGUCGCGCUCGCGUUCAUCCAUCGGCAGUAGACUCAGCAUGGCGCCAGACGACGUGUUCGCGCGCGAGCCCGAGUGCGGUGUGUGCACCAAGUCGUUCAACAUCCUGCGGCGCCGCCACCACUGCCGCAGCUGCCACAUCGCCGUCUGCAAGGAUUGUGGGCGCAAAGCCAUCGACCGCAAGAAGUCCGAGCGAUCGAGGCCGCAAUGGUACUGUAUGGACUGCCUGGACGACGACGCUACGCUCGAGAUCACAGGCUCCCGACCCACUGUGAGCAAGCGCCGCAGCUUCUCGUCGACCUCGUCGUUCGCUCCAAACAACGCGCCACAAGUAACGAAUCUGACUAGCACGGCCAAGUUUUGCAUCGAAUGUGGCUACGAGUUGCCACCACGAGUCAAAUUCUGUAUUGAAUGCGGCACAUCUGUGCGGCAACAGGUCAUGUCGCCUGUGAGUGUGGAUGGUGUGGGGACCGAAGUAGAUCGAGGCAAUCGAGGCUUCCGAGACUCGUUGGGGUCAAAUCUUAUGGUUAUCGACGAGAACAGUGGAUCCCCCACCGAACCGACGGAUGGGUCGGAAGAUGACGCGCCUACAGAACAAGAGCCCGAAGAUACUACCAAAGAGUAUGAAGAACUCGUCGCGCAAUUGCAGACUGAAAACGAGAAGCUGCGUAGUCGUGUGGAGAAGUUUAAGCGGAAAGUCUCGGACGCUGAGCGUCGUCGACUGGAGAGGGAGGAGGAACACGCCCGUGCCGUGUCGGAGGCUACGGCGGCUGCAGCGGCUGCUGCAACUGCCGCAGCUGAAGCUCAGAUGAACCACACAAGCAACGGAAUGGGCGUCGCUGCGAAAGAUCAUCCGGAGUACUUGAAGUUCUUCAAGUUGCUGACGAUGGGACUGCCGGCCGAACAGGUGAAGUUGAAAAUGCAAGCUGCAGGCGUGGAUCCGGCAGUUCUUGACGACCCAGAAGCAAUUAUUGGAGGUGCUGCACCGAGUACCGCUAGCGCGUCAAUUCCUGCAACAUCGGGUGGCACAUUGGUGAAGGAUGACGAGCAGUAUGCGAAGUUUUUCAAGCUUUUGAAGAUGGGGAUGCCCUCGGAGCAGAUCAAGCUGAAAAUGAGUGCGAGCGGCUUGAAUCCAGACCUGCUGGAUACGCCGGAUGCGCCGAUGCCUGGAUCUGGUGGCUCAGCGCCUGCAACGACGUCGAAUCAGGUGAUGACUGUGAAGGAAGACCUGGCGUAUGAGAAGUUCUUUAAGUUGGUGAAGAUGGGGAUGCCGGCUGAGCAAGUGAAGAUGAAGAUGAGUGCUGCUGGGUUGAAUGGAGACUUACUAGACACGCCUGACGCUCCAUCUCCCAAUCAGAAGGCGGGUAGUAGCGCUGGAGGUCUUCUUGCGGGGCUUCCUCCUCCGAAAGAAGCGGUGAAAGUGGAUCCAUCGGCUUUGCAAGCCAGUUUGGCCUCAAAAUUGACCAAGAAUCCUGUCGCGAAGAAGCCUGAAGAGCCCCAACUACCGAAGAAAGAGACCGUGAAGCCGAAUGUAGAGCUGCGUCCUCUGUUCUGGACUCGUGUGCCUGUCAAUGUCGUCAGCAGCACUGUCUGGAUGAAGCUGAAUGACUCGCAUGCCGAGCUUGACGUGGAAGAGAUGGAGUGGAUGUUCCGCAAGAACCCGGUGGACGCAUCGAAGAAGCUGGAUGAGAAGAAGAAAGAAGCAGAAAAGGUCCCUGCCCAGCCCAAGGAGGUGCUCUUGUUCGACCCAAAGAGACAACAAAAUGUAUCCAUCGCCAUUGCUCGCUUCAAAAUGUCGUCGGAGGAUAUAAAGAACGCCAUCUACGCGCUAGACGGCCAGCAACUGGGCUCUGAAGUGCUGAACGUGCUCAUUUCUAUCUCCCCGACGCUGGAAGAGAUAGAUAUGCUCAAGAACUACGACGGAGAUGUGAAGCUACUGGGCAACGUGGAGAAGUUCUUCCUGGAUUUACUGACUAUCCCUCGGUAUACCCAACGGAUCAAGUGUUUCAGGUACAAAUUGCAGUUUGAGAAUCGAAUUCUGGAGACACAGGCGCAGCUGGACACGCUGGUUGCUGCUACAGAUCAAGUGACGGAGAGCGACAAGUUCCGUCGAGUCUUGGAGCAUAUCCUGGCGAUUGGAAACUACCUGAAUGGCAGCACACCUCGUGGCGGAGCGUACGGGUUCAAGCUGGACACUCUGAUGAAGCUACACACACUGAAGUCGGUCGAUCCUCGUGUCACAUUGAUGCAUUUCUUGCUGCGUCAGUUGGAAGAGAAUACCCCGGACGUCAUCACGUUCGCUGGAGAAGUCCCACAUAUCGUUGAGGCCAAGAGAUUGUCUCUGGAUCAACUACGCGCGGAUCUGUCCUCGUACAAUACUGAGCUGGCCAUGCUGAAGGGCCAAGUGCGAGCGUCGAAGAGCGAUCACAUUGAAGGCGACAAGUUCUACGAAGUGAUGACUCCGUUUGCGAAGGAUGCAGAGGAAGUUCUGGAGGAGCUUGGACGCGACUUUAACGGCUUGGAAACGUCGUAUCAAGAGCUGGUGAGCUCGUUUGGAGAAGAUCCACGGAAGGUUGGCCCGAUGGAGUUCUUUACUAUCCUCGACGAGUUUGUGACUGAGUUCAAGAAGGCAUACCGUCAGAACCAGACUAAGGAGUACCAAGCCAUUUACGAGGAGGCUGCAGCGGCUCGCGCUGCUGCGGAGGCUGAAAAGGCAGAGCGAUUAAAGCGAGAAGCCGAGGAGCGACAGCGACAAGAAGAGGAACGACAGCAGAACUCACAGGAGACCAAGGCGGUGUAUGCCGAGAUCAUGUCCACCAUCACGACGUGGGCAGGGAAGCACUCGCCAGGCAACGAAGAGGCAGUGAUUGAGCAAUUCAAAGACACGUCACGCAAGUUUGGUUUGGAGGAGAUCACAGCGGACGAAUUCUGUGACCAAGUGCGACAGUGUGUGGGGUCGAAAUGUGCGAGUAAGAUCAUCCCAAACUCGGCGAAGCUUUUAUCGGACGAGGAUAAGCAGCGUGUGUUACUGGAGGCUUUUGCGCGCUUCAAGGAGCAAGUGAAGAAGGAGAAGGACUCGAAGAAACAACAGCGCACUUCGCUGGUAUCCCCUCCGUCGGAAGGACGUGAGAGAGCAGGAUCCUCUUCAGCAGGUCGCAGACGAAACAAGGUGGUGGUCCCGUUGCCUAUUAAAGACAUCGAGCCGGUGGUUGGAGAAGAGGCGCAGCUACUGCACAAGUCCAUCUUGGAGUCCGUUCUCGCUGCCUUUAAUGGCGACGCAAAGAAGAUGAAGUCGUUCACGUCACACACGCGCAAAUAUGGCAACGAACAGAUCACGGCACACGAGUUUUACCAAUAUUUAAUGGACUCCUUCGACCCAGACUUCGUCGGCCGACUAGUACCGGAUCUCGCACGGUUGCUGCAGGAUUCGGAGAAGCGACAUGCGCUCAUUCGCGCGCUGUGUGAGAGCGCACCGGGCUGGGCCAAGUUUGCGGGUUUAUAGAAGGCGGUAAUUGAGGGAAAUCCAGACUCGAGGCCUAAAUUGAAGGAGCCUUUGGGACUCCACAUUUUUAUAAGGUUA